CUAGGAGAUGCCCUUCAACGACAGUCGCUGUUCUGACAAAACAAACCUCCAAACUCCCAGCCCAAGUGUACGAGGCAAGGAGACAGAUAAUGUGGAGGAGAAUUCUCAAACUCUAGGGAUUUUGGUGGUGCACGGCUGCUCAGUUCUUGCCUCCCCACCUUAAUUCCAGCAGAGCCUAUUUCAAAGGAAGUGAUUGGUACUUCUCACAGAGGGGAUGGGAUUCCCAGAAGGAAUAAUACCAUGUCACGGAAGACCACGGGAGGAUAAUUGGUCAGUCAUCUGUUGCACAAGCGCAAAGCCAAAGGAGAAGUCUCCUUGGAUGGAAGUGGUGAAGAAUAUUUAGAAGGUUAGGACUUGGAAGGAAUUAAGGGAAUUAAAGUAGAGGCGGGAAAGGGGAGAUGGUGAGAGUGAUUGCGAACCUAGAUCCCGUCUGUAAUUCCACAUCUGACAAAUAGAAUUCCAAAAAGAUUCUCCUGGGACAAGAAUGAGGAACGAAAAGCUUUGCGAGUGACUGGCUCAAUGGACAUCUAAAGGACACCUUUAAAGCCAAAUUCAGAGAAAUAACAUGGCAUAAAACAUGGCUCAGUUCUACUACAAAAGGAAUGUCAAUGCUCCCUACAGAGAUCGCAUCCCUCUUCGGAUUGUAAGAGCAGAAUCUGAACUCUCACCAUCAGAGAAAGCCUAUUUGAAUGCUGUGGAGAAGGGGGAUUAUGCCAGUGUCAAGAAAUCCCUGGAGGAGGCAGAAAUCUAUUUUAAAAUUAAUAUUAAUUGCAUUGAUCCCCUUGGAAGGACUGCUCUCCUUAUUGCGAUUGAAAAUGAGAACCUAGAGCUUAUUGAAUUGCUCUUAAGUUUUAAUGUGUAUGUUGGAGAUGCUCUAUUACAUGCCAUAAGAAAGGAAGUUGUGGGGGCUGUGGAGCUGCUAUUAAACCACAAGAAACCUAGUGGAGAGAAACAGGUGCCUCCAAUACUCCUGGAUAAGCAGUUCUCUGAAUUCACACCAGAUAUCACACCAAUCAUUUUGGCAGCCCACACAAAUAAUUAUGAGAUAAUAAAACUGUUAGUCCAGAAAGGUGUUUCUGUACCGAGGCCCCAUGAGGUUCGUUGUAACUGUGUUGAAUGUGUCUCCAGUUCAGAUGUAGACAGCCUCCGUCAUUCUCGUUCCAGACUCAAUAUCUACAAGGCCUUGGCAAGCCCAUCUCUGAUUGCAUUGUCAAGCGAGGAUCCAUUUCUCACAGCUUUUCAACUGAGUUGGGAGCUUCAAGAACUGAGCAAAGUAGAAAAUGAAUUUAAAUCUGAAUAUGAAGAACUCUCCCGGCAGUGCAAACAAUUUGCUAAGGACCUUUUGGAUCAGACAAGGAGUUCCAGAGAGUUGGAAAUCAUCCUAAAUUAUAGAGAUGAUAACAGCUUGAUAGAAGAACAAAGUGGCAAUGACCUUGCAAGACUGAAGUUGGCUAUUAAGUACCGACAAAAAGAGUUUGUUGCACAACCGAACUGUCAGCAGCUCCUUGCAUCUCGCUGGUACGAUGAGUUCCCAGGCUGGAGGAGAAGACACUGGGCAGUGAAGAUGUUGACAUGCUUCGUCAUAGGACUUCUUUUCCCUGUCUUCUCUGUAUGCUACCUGAUAGCCCCCAAAAGCCCCCUUGGACUCUUCAUCAGGAAACCAUUUAUCAAGUUUAUCUGCCACACUGCAUCUUAUUUGACAUUUCUGUUCCUGCUGCUGCUUGCCUCUCAACAUAUUGACAGGUCAGACUUGAACAGGCAGGGGCCACCACCAACCAUCGUCGAGUGGAUGAUAUUACCGUGGGUCCUGGGUUUUAUAUGGGGCGAAAUUAAACAGAUGUGGGAUGGUGGACUUCAAGAUUACAUCCAUGACUGGUGGAAUCUAAUGGACUUUGUAAUGAAUUCCUUAUACUUGGCAACAAUCUCUUUGAAAAUCGUUGCAUUUGUAAAGUAUAGUGCACUUAACCCCCGGGAAUCUUGGGAUAUGUGGCACCCCACUUUGGUGGCAGAGGCUUUAUUUGCUAUCGCAAACAUCUUCAGUUCUCUGCGUCUGAUCUCACUGUUCACUGCCAAUUCUCACUUGGGACCUCUGCAGAUCUCUCUGGGAAGAAUGCUGCUAGACAUUUUGAAGUUUCUGUUCAUUUAUUGUCUUGUAUUGCUCGCUUUUGCAAACGGUUUGAAUCAGCUGUACUUUUAUUACGAAGAAACAAAAGGAACAAAUUGCAAAGGAAUACGGUGUGAGAAACAGAACAAUGCCUUUUCCACGCUAUUUGAGACACUUCAGUCUCUAUUUUGGUCUAUAUUUGGGCUAAUUAAUCUAUAUGUGACCAAUGUCAAAGCACAGCAUGAAUUCACAGAAUUUGUUGGGGCCACCAUGUUUGGAACAUACAAUGUCAUCUCUCUAGUUGUUCUACUCAACAUGCUUAUCGCUAUGAUGAAUAAUUCUUACCAACUAAUUGCUGACCAUGCAGAUAUUGAAUGGAAAUUUGCACGGACAAAGUUAUGGAUGAGUUAUUUUGAAGAAGGAGGUACUCUGCCCACUCCCUUCAAUGUCAUCCCAAGCCCCAAGUCUCUUUGGUAUCUUCUCAAGUGGAUUUGGACACACCUAUGCAAGAAAAAGAUGAGGCGAAAACCAGAAAGUUUUGGAACAAUAGGGAGGCGGACAGCUGAUAAUUUAAGAAGACAUCAUCAGUACCAGGAAGUUAUGAGGAACUUGGUGAAGAGAUAUGUUGCAGCAAUGAUUAGAGAUGCUAAAACCGAAGAAGGCCUUACUGAGGAAAACUUUAAGGAGCUAAAACAAGACAUUUCCAGCUUCCGUUUUGAAGUCCUAGGAUUGCUGAAAGGAAGCAAGCUUGCUUCUUUACGAUCUUCAAAAAUUAUAAAGGAGCCUCCACUGGAGACUGAGGAGAAGAGUGACAGUGAAGGGAGUGACAAGACAAAGAAAAAGAAUUUCAGCCUCUUUGAUAUAACCAGCAUGAUUCAUCCAAGGUCGGCAGCCAUCGCUUCAGAGAGACAUAACGUGAGCAAUGGUGCUGCCCUGAUGGUUCAUGAAACCCCCAGAGAGAAGCAGAAGAAAGUGAACUUUGUGACCGAUGUCAAACUUGGGCUGUUUCAUAAGCGCUCGAAACCACACUCUGCUGAAGCAAACACCAACCAGAUCUUCUCGGUUUCAGAGGAAGUUUCACGUCAACAGGUAGAUGAAGAACUUGGGAAACAUUUUCAACUGGAAGCAAGAGGACUGGCCAGCAAAGGUGAAUGGAGCAUCCCAGGCCUCAGUGAACAGUGUGGGUUAGCAGACACAAAAAGAAGGAACAGAGAGACCUUGAAUUUACACUUCAGCGAGAGCCUUUGCACCUUGGAAUCAGAGAAGUUGGUAGUAGAGGACACUGUGCCCAUAAUACCAAAGGACAUGCCUGCCAGGGAAGAGGCCAGUGCUAAAGACUAUGAGCUAAGCAUCACAGAGACAGUGGUACAUGAAGACUAUGUAACAACAAGAUUGUGAUACUCGAUGGAGGAAAAGUAUGCAAAUAUAUGUGUACAUACAUUUUUUUUUUGCCUAGUGCUUGGGGGGGAUGUUUAAAAUCUAUAUUCUCAAAUAAUAGCAUUUAUCUACUGCGUCACAUCAUCUUGUAUCAUGACUAAGCAAGGGAAAGGCAAUAGAGCACCUUCCUGUUUUUUAGCCUGCUUUUGCUUUUCACAAUUUGUUUUACAUUUUUAAUAAAUUAAAACAUUGUGUAUUCUUGUACUGUUGCAAUAAUCCGCAGGCACUUUUUAAUCUAUCUUUUUUUUCAAUUAAAAAUGCAUCUUCUCUCAUAUGGCAGUUGAUUCCAACAAUUCAUAUUUUUAUAUGUAAGAAUAAUGUAGAUAACUGAAAAUAUGCUACAUUUUAGUUUCUUAAUGAUAAUACUUACUAUGGACUUUCCUCCAAAUCCUGAAGUUUGAGUUUCAAACAUAAAUUUAAAACUUAGAUGUUUAAAUUAUUAACCAUAAAUAUGAACAAAUUUAAUAUAUUUUCUGCAACCUUUUAGUGGGUUAUCAUUUAAUUUUUAAAGUAACAUUUCAUCUCUUCUUUGUUAUAAUUAUUUUGAAAAUAACUAAUCAUGGACAAAUGUUCGCAAUUAAUUUGCGGGAUUCUUAGGUUUUGCCCUUGUUUCCUUUCAAUGAGUAAAAGAAAUGUGUGUGCCUUGAGGAUAUCUUAAUGACUAUUUCUUUCAAAUGAUUCAAUCAGAAAAACUGCCAGUCCAAGAUACUGUUGUUGUUGUUUUUUCCCCUGGAGUAGAUUGUCUGUGUAAUAUUCAAAAUCUUGUACAUGUGAUUCAUUGUAGAAUAGCUGUACUUAAUAAAGAAAUAUUUUUCCUGAA